UAAUUAAAAAACCGAAAAAAUAGCUGAACUAAAUUAAUUUUAAACAGAAAAAUUAUUGGAAUUGGUAUAAAAUGCCAAGUUUUUCCGAAUGAAGAGUCAUUUUUAAUGACAGCAUGACCAAAGUAGAAAUAUGAAGUUAGUAGACAUUGUAAUAUAUUUUCUAAUGCUGCUCUACAGCAGUGUGAAGAGUGAAACCAUGGAAGAAAUAGAUAACCUAGUGACUAAUUGUCUUAAAAAAUAUCCCGUGGCAGAUGACGAAUUUGCAAGGUUUCGAGAGUUGGAAAAAGAUCCCAGUCUGGCUAGUGACAAUUACAAAUGUUUUGGUACGUGUGUGUUGCAAGGCAGAGGAUGGUUUAUCGGCGAUGUCCUCGCAGAUCAUGUGUUUAUCAAAGCCGUAGGCGGUGGUAGAUUAGCAAAACAUGGUGACGAAUUGCAUCAUAUUACUAAAAAAUGUAAGCUUUUGGUUGGUGAUAACAACUGCGAUACGGUGUUCCAAGUUACUAACUGUUUGCAGGAAAAAAUUAAUCAACUUUUGCAAUUGGUGAAGUCGUUUUAGAAUGAAAUGUAAAACUUCGAAAUAAACAGUAUGUGAGUUGCGGCCAUUGAGCGAAUAAAAUCAAGAUAUAAAUCUU